CACCAAGAACACAGAAGGCCGGAGCUCCACCAGCUGGCUGUACUUCGAGUCUCCGGUCUCUGGUCUGAUUGUGUGUCCUACUGACCUACUGUGUGAUCUACUGUGUGACCUACUGUGUGACCAUCACCAUGAGGAUCAACAACCCUAUCAUCCCAUACGAUGGACCCAUCCAGGGCGGUUUGAAGCCCGGGAUGACUGUGUACUUCAAGGGAACUGUUAACCAUAAUAUCACCAGGUUCCACAUUAACCUGCAGGCUCAUUGUGACCGAACCAUGCACUUCAACCCCCGUUUCAAGCCCGAACAGGUGGUAGUGUUCAACACCUUUAGACACCGCAGAUGGGAAUGCGAGGAAAGGGUUCAGAAGGUGCCCUUUACCCCGGGGGAGAGCUUUGAGGUGCUCUUCGCAGUCACAUGCGAGGGUUACCAGGUGGUUGUGAACGGUGCUCCCUUCUACUUGUUCAAGCACCGUAUACCGGUGCAGCGUGUAACUGGCCUACAGAUUGGCGGGGAUGUCUCCAUGGAGACCGUCAUCAUUGGGGAAGGAGGCGUGCAGAUAUGCCCACCACCAAAACAAGUUUUGGGAGGUGAAAUGUCAAAGAUAUGUUCAGGUCAUGGACCGAUAAUGGUUAGUACGAACAUGUUGGCCCUGAACAGCACUCUAGCCGGCACGGUUAUGUCCGCUGGAUUUGACGGUCAGAUAUGA